CGUGCCACCGAGCAACACGCGCAUGCGCUCUCUCUCUCCGUUCUCUUCUGCCUGCGAAUAACGGGACUGUGUGUGGAUUGCGGAUCAAUCGGCCGGGUUUUCGCCUGUUUCGACUAUUUUAUCGUUCAUCGAUCGCUGGAAAUAUUUUUUUGUUGUUUAGUGUCGAAGUGAAGUGGAAUUUGUUAAAUUUUAAUUGCACGCAGCACGCUGCCGGCGAAAACAACAUCGAAAUUAGCGAUCAGAUUUCAUUCAGCCUGCGAUAACAACAACAAUAACAAUAAACGACAACAGAGAGUGCAGGAGAAAAUUGCUGAUAGAUAGACCAUAAUAAAUAAAUAAUACAAACAAAGGCCAGAGACGCCGCUUCAAUUAGCCUUGUCAAUGAACCACUGACAUCAUCCGCCGCCGCAGAAGCCACUCAGCAGAAAUGAUCGAGACCUGUAAUCAGCAGCCGGGCGGCGCAGACUUCAAUGGUCGCCACUCUGCAUCGCCGGCUCGCACCAUAGACUCGCACGACUCCACGACGGGCAGCAUGGACACCAUUGUGGACCGCAGCCUGAACCGCGAGGAACUCCACCAGGUGGUCACCACCAUCGAGCAGAGCACCAACACCACGAACACGACGGGAUCGGGAUCGGGCAGUCUGACCAACUCGCAGAUCGGCAUGCUCCAGGGUGGUGAGGAGCAGAAGCAGCAGGAGGAUCCGGAGCAGUCGCGGCAGGAUGCCCAGAGUCACAUCUACUCGAGUCCCGUCUACGACGAGAAGCCGCCGGCGCUGAAACUCCUUUCCGCCGCACUGGACUUGGACACGGAAAAGGCCAAGGCCAGGAUGGACGAGGAUGGGCAGCAGCCCAAGCUGAUUUCGCACCAGGAGUUCAAGCAGCAGCUCGAGGAGGCGAUGGCCUCGCGGCAGCCCAAUCAAGUAAAUGCCAACAAGAGUGCGGCGAACACCCUGGACUCGAGGAUCAGCCGCAAGCAGCGCUGUCCGCCGGAGUUCAUCAAGUACAAGGAGGGCGGCAGCGAGGCGGGGGGCAGUGCCAGCUCAUCGCUCUCCUCGAAGGAUCGGCGCAAGCGCAAGGCGAGCAACGAGUGCUGCUCGGCCUUUCCACUGCAGAUUGUGCUGGGCACCCUGCAGUUGGUCCUGGCCAUUUCCCUGGUGGCCCUGGGGUCGCUGCUAAUCGUCCGGGAGGCGGCCCUCUCCAUGGCGGGAUGUGGCAUCUGGACGGGGCUGAUAGCCGCCGUCACUGGCUCCCUCGGAGUGGUGAGCAUGCGCAAGACCCAAACGGCGUUCUUGGCACUCAGUCUUGUGUGCAUCGCCAGCAGCACCUUGGCUCUGGCCAUUUCCGGCGUGGGAUUGUCCCGGGAUCUGAACAGGAUGGCGGAACAAAAGGGCGAGCAGUUCGAUUUGAUCAAUGCCAACAGCGAGGUCUCCGCCGCCUGCGGGCUCAUCUUCGCCCUCUUCCUCCACUUUGUGGUUAGCAUUGUCUCCGUCUACAGAUGCGCCCUCCAGAUUUGCACCAAGUCGGAACACAGCGAACUGCGCGACAUUAUCAUCAAGUCGAACGCAUCGGGCAUAGCUUUGGAUCAACAAAAGGUGGAUCAGUAUAUAAAGGCUAUGUCUUUGAAUGGCAAUGAAAAGGUUAACACUGAAAAGCUGGCAGCCAUGUGGAUGUAUGCCACGCAAAUGGGAAGUCUGCCGCCGCCAUCAGUUCGGAAAUUGACGCCUCCUUCGCGACAGAUCAUGCUGAUUCCCUCCACAGCUGGCAGCGGGAUGGCCCCACCUCCGCCCACACGGAUGCCCCCUCCGCCACCGGGCUCCGGAGCUGGGCUUUUGCUGCCGGUUCCGCCGCUGCCGCCGCAGUACCGCGGGAUGACCCUUCCGUACAUGCGACCCGGACCCGGAUCCGUGCUGUACGCCCAUCCGUCCAGCUUGAGCGGUACGUACCGCACCCACAAGAGCACCAAGUCGGCGGAGAUCAACGGGCAGCGGCGGCGCCGUCGGGCGGGCAAGUCGGACGCCAAUCGCCGCCAGCGCCGCAAGUCGGAGGCGGACGUCCUGGACGGAGCACCCAACUUCCAGUAUACGGGCCUGGACCGAGCCAUCGCCGAUAGCUUCCUGGCCAGGCAGGAGCAGUCGCAGGCGGGCAGCCACGUGGACUACUCGUCGUCGGCAUCCUCGGACUUGUACGGCGGCCGGAGGGCCUCCUCCAAAACGAAGAUCGUCUGCCGGGAUGUGGUGAUGUGAACGAAAUGCGUACAGUCCAAAGCCCCAAUUCCGCGCUUCUUUUGUACAUAUAUUUCCAUUCAGCAGCGACGAGGGCACAUCUUUGUCCGGCCCACAAGACAAGUUACCCCUUUUAGUCCUAUCCAUAACUCUGUCCCUAUAUCUACAUGUGCUUAGUAAUUGUAAGACACUUAUAAAUAUGAAUCGAAUAAAGUUAUAUAUACAUAUAUAUAUAUAUUAAACAUA